AUAUAUGCACGAACUUAUAAGUUCUAUCGGCCUUGAGCGCUAGCCUAAACCUGCAAAAGCAGACCUAUCGAUAUGCGGCCGAAUUACAACCCUGCGAAAAGAGUUAAAAGUCAUCGCUUGCGUCCUUUUUAGCUUUCCUCCUUAGUGACCUCCUUGUUUUGAGAGAUCCAAAAAAAAAAAAUUUUCCUCCUAGUUUCCAUCUAGAUCCCCGCUUUUCAGAUCAUUAUCUGAAUUAAAAAAAAACUGAAAGAACUAUAUUUUGGCUGAAUGCAAAGCUUACUACCAGACCGUUCUAUUACAUUUACAUUCGUCGAAAAAGAGAACGAAGACCAGUCUAGUUUGCAUCUAAAUCCACGAACUUAAGACUUAGAUUUAACGACCUUGAGGAACGGGUUGAGUGGUUGAACUUUCACUUCGUAAAAAAUACCACCCAGAGCCCGCUACAUAACUACUCAUCCUGAGAAGGACUCGGAAGCCCAACUCUUAUACCCCGAAGGGUAUGUUGCCCGGAUAUAUGCCCCGGGCCAAGACUCCAGUCACGUAGACCGUCGUCAUAAAAAUGCAUCAUAAGGGGGUCUCGUUUAUUUAGAGCACCCCCGAAGGAGGUUCUCGAACUCGUAACGUUGCAUCCUAUAUUUACGAAACCUAUGGUAUUUAUUACAGAACUUACGGGCUACACCUUGCCAUAAGAUAUGACUAAUCCCGCGCUGUUUAAAGACCCCCCAGACCUGCUUCGCGCCCGACUCAAAAUCGUCAACAUUAUCACAGUAGCGAAAGAAGCGUAAAAGAGCUCCCCCGGCGACAGACAGGACAGUCUUCCGGUGCUGCACGCACGCAUGCAUGAAUAUAAGUAUAAUGCAUAAUUUGGUUUCUAUUCUUGAUGGAUAGAGCAGGAACAAUUUUUGAAAGGAGUUGAGGCGGGGGAAGCCGCUACUUACCUUUUUUCUAUUCUAUGUAUCACUUGUCGUUUCUAUUAACAGAUCAUAGGGAUAUUAGGGUCUUUAGGACUUGAGGAUUAACAUUACGGACAGAUAAGUAGUUCUUCGAGUUCUUCAUCUUGUUCGGUAUUUAUAGACAACAUGCUUGCUUAGCGUUGGCAUUACCAGAAUAUGUUAGUACCACCAGUUUCAGUUUGGGCUUUAAUGAAGAUCAAAGCUAUCGAAGCCUUAUCAGCUCCAGUCGUCAGUUGGUUGUUGCCCAUGAGUCGUCAUUUCGCGUUUGUCUCGACAACUUACGUCUACAUCAGCUUGUCAAGUCGCGAAUGCAGUGGUGAAAGCGAGCAACUUUUUUCUUGAAGUCAACAUAGAUACACCACUGACUACUUCUUAGUUAGUAGCAUGACCGGUUAGCUUUCCCUCAGCCUCAUAAUCCUUCGGUUAGGCCCAGGCCCUUCAUCCAAUACUUGGUUAGUAGCACGACCACGUUAUUAUGAAUAUAUACAUUCUUUCAUUGUUGUUUCCUUGAUGUUAGUUUUCAACGUGGCUGCUCCUACGCUGAGUUGGUGGAAGGAAAAUAACAGCUAAGUAAGCCAGGUACUACUGAUACAUCUAGAUUGUUCAGUCAUGUAAAGCUACGAACCUGCCAUAUCAUAUUUGGUUUGGGACUGUGAAGGAACAAGAAUAAGCAUUUAGAAUAGCUGCAUAGUGGCCGCUUCUCCGACCUUCUAGUAAGUAGGCCGACCUGGCUCGGUCGUAUCCGCAAGAGGUAGGGGUAUUUAGUUUUAUUAUUUUUUCAAGCAAGCCUCUAGAAAAAACCGAAUAUGUGCACUACAAGUUUUUAUUGACGACAGAACAAGAUUUUCAUUUUCUCUUUGAUUGUGGUUGUCUUUUGCUCGCAGGGCCAAAAUAUUAAUAUUGUGCAGCCGUCAGGUAGAUCAUUGCAGGUGCUUUCAGCCAGCACUUGUUGAGAUCUCACGAACGAACACUUUGGUAACUUCUGAGAGGAAGAAAUUCAAAAAUUUUAGAUUAUUGAGGAAACAAGUAAUUUUUCGAUGAAUGUUGCGAGUGAGAGGUAUUAAGAAUGGACAGCUGAGUCACAUUCCGAGGAAGCGAAGCGCUAGCCGCGUCAUAGGUGGACUUGUAACAACCACGUCGACGACUAGUGGACGAGGCAAACGAGCAGCAGGUGGAUCUUUUUCCACGACAUUUGCUCCAAAAUAUCCUUUUAGUGGGCAACAGCAUCUUCUACACGACAUCCGCCACCAAAGUCAACAACAACAACAUUUUAGUAGAUAUCUCGCUACUUUUCAUCUGAGGAUGUCUUGUCGUUCUUGUGGCAGCUGCGGCUCUGAGACGGAGCCGGCUUUGGGACUCCGCCCGCUCGCGGUACCGGAUAUUCCGGAGCCCAGUGAGGACGGCGAGCUUGUAGACCCUGAGCGCGCGCUUUUGUACAUCAAACGGGAGCUGGCGGAGCUGGCCGCAGACCAAGACGCUGCGCGUUUCUUUGUGCAGUCUGAGGAGCUGCGGGUUUGCAAGUGGCGCAUGCACGAGAACGGACCGAGUCGGGCACUGAAACCGACAGGAACGGACGACACGGGGCCCUGGCUCACCUCCUUCUACGUGCGCGUGCCGCAGGUUGGAGAACGGCACGACGUCGACCACCAUCUCUCUUCAGAUCAUGGUGGUGCGACUUCGUCUUCUACGCAUGGAAGAAGCUCCACCUCCCAUGGCAGCUGCAGAAACACACCAGGAGUGACGCCGUUUGAUGGAGAAACUUUCCUAGUGGAUCUUCGUUUUAACGCGACCUAUCCUGAGCUGCCACCGCAAGUGAGCUUCCGCUCGUCUGUACAUCACCCGUUUUUGCAAAACGAACACAGCGUGAUGCCGGUUCUGUUCUACCAAGGGAUCGAGACAGUCCUUAGGGGUGGACCAGAGCAGCAGAGCAUGAGCGACCAUGCAGGUGGUGCUGCGAACGGGAGCAGUGGAACUACCUCUACUUCUAGUUGUACUGGCACAGGAGGAGCCUCUUCGAGUACAGUUGUAUCUACUUCGAAUAAGCGAAGACAAGGAGACCAGCAGCUAGAGGGGCAGCACCAACUGCAGCAGCACUACACUGUCCGCAACGUGCUGCGAGGUGUCUUGUCGUUCUUGAAGACGGGCAUGGAGCAGCAGAAUGCCAGCAUGGACCGAAUUCUGAGCAGCUACCCAGAACAAGAACUGUUCCGAAAGAACAUCGAGCAGUACAAACCUCACCGCAAGACCCGGCGCUUCUUCGAGAUUCGGGGCUGCGACGACCUCCCAGACGAAUGGCUAGACCCGCAAUUCCUCGCGUGGCGCAAAGCAGGCUAUCCGCUGGAAGAACACGACUGCUCGCCCUCUACAGGAGCUUGUGCAGUGACCACGCAUCGUCCGGACAUUUACAGUUUUCCGAUGUUCACGAUGGAGUUCUGUGACGCCUUGGUGGCAGAGGUGAGGUCUAUCUAUGCCUCAGGAGUCGAGGUGCAGAGGCCGAACUCCAUGAACCGCUAUGGCGUGAUUCUCAACUACAUCGGCAUGGAAGGCUUCAUGACGGCCAUUCAGCGACUGGUGCAGCAAACACAACUCGCAGUGCGGAAAUUUGGCGCUGUCGGAAGCAGUUGGGAUGGCCACCACUCGUUCAUCGUGCAAUACUUAUGUUUACCCGGCGCAUUGAAAUUACCUAAAACAGCCAGUUAGUUUUCACCUCUUCACUAUAGCUCUAAAUGUAUCCCUUCAUGCAACAUUUUCUACAUUUAAUAUGUUGGUCAUGCUGGUGCUAGAGAUUACGAUUGAGUACCUGCUCGUUUCCACCUGCAAAUAUAUCUGGGCAUGUUCUAAGAAGCAAGUUAAAAGAUCUACAAGAAGGUCGAAAGUUGGAUGAAAGCGAUAAUCUACUUCUUCAACGACCCCAUUCGCAGUAGAUUGAUUGAUCAUACAGGUUAAAAAUGAGAAAUACGGAGUACCAGUACCACUACCACUACAAGGUCCUCCUGUAAAAAAAUAGAUUAUAUGAAAGAUUGAACAAAUGAUCUACUUCCUCUUUCAUCCUUUGCGCCCGGCAAGGACCUCGGCCUGGACAUGCACACCGACGAUAGUGACGUGACCAUGAACAUUUGUCUGGGCGUUGAUUUCGAAGGGUCCCAGGUGGCGUUCUGCGGCAGGAUGGGCGCGAAAGACCACCGCAAGCAGAAUUACAUCUACGAACAGAAGAAGGGGCGUUGUUUGAUCCAUUUAGGCAGACAGCGUCACGGCGCAGUGGACAUCAAGAAAGGAGAGCGCAUGAAUCUCAUCAUCUGGAAUCGCUCUCGACUCUGGCGAUCAACAGACGAGAGCCGCAGGCAGAUCUUCGUGCCGGAGGACGGCAAGCCAGACGAAGUGUGCUUGAGCUACACGCACGACCGCGAUUACGGGGUGUUCAAGCGAUACCCAGAGGCCUUCAAGAAAUUCAAAGGGCGCGGCUGGUGUCCUCCGAAGGCGGCAGAGUAUCCGGGCUUUGUGCCGGAAAACUAGUCCUCGUCGUGUAGCUUGCUCCAACAAUGCGGUGAAGAAGAUAAUGUCUUGAUGAUCAGCUUCACAACUUUACAACUAGUACAUCAACAUGUUUAUCAUGUUUUGAAAUUUUGAGCACAACUAGAUGAAGCUGGGGAGUACACGGCGAACAGGGUGAAGCUCGUCUACUUACAGCAUGAGCAGAUGAAAAAGAAGCAGCUGCACAAGAAGAAGUAGAAAAUUUCAAAUACCGAGGAGCGAAGGAAAAGAUGCCGCUGGAGGGGGGCAACAUUUGACGGGCGCGUAGUAAACUAUAGAGCCAACAGGUCCUCAGCACUAAUUAUAGAGGAAACUCCACGAGGAGCACUCAGUGUUGUGUUGUCAAACUUGCACUGUUCUCCAGCGUGGGGACGAUUGCGAACGCUUUUCUCCCUGCUGCUCGUGCUGGCUUACACGAGGAGGACUUCCAUCAUGGGGAAGUAGGGAAGUAGGAUUGCGCGAGGGCACGCGCACGUCACUGAGGCACAGAAAAUGCGCCUUGUGGACUUGCGCCAAUGCUUGGCCGCUGUGUUGAUUCGUGCCCUUGAUCCCAUGAAAUCCAGAGCGGUUCCAUCUUGUAGACGUUACCCCCCAAAGCAACGCAUUUUUAAUUCAUCUUCGAGGCAAUAAUCGAAUGAAGAAUACAACCAAGUUCCGGCUUUCACUGUGCAUGCUUGUUUUCCUUUUACAUGAUUCAUUCUCGUGUAAGUACUAUUUGUUCCUUCUCCUUCUACUUCACUACAACACUAAUUAACCUAAGGACUUGUUCAUUCUGCUUGAAAAUCUAUUAAUGUUACAUAGUGGAGGCGGCGAUGAAACGAUCGAAUACAAGACUGGACGUUGCGAAGCAUGUGCGUUCUUGAUUGCUUCAAAUCCACACUUCAUAAAUUUCCUAUGAUUUUCAUAUGACGUGGUCGUGUGCAAGUAGACGGAACUAUUGUGGCAGGAGGAUGAGACUCGGGCACAACACGUACUACAACAGCUAAGCUACGUUGUAUACAUGCUUUCAU